AGGCGGUGGUUUCUGUUUCUGUCUCUGUCUAUCUUACGCACUAUCUCUAUCUCCGCCCUCGAGGGAGAGACUUCUCCCGUUUGCAGACCACCUUUUUUUUUUCUCUCCACGCACUGCUGUUAAAUCAGAAUUAGGUGUGACGGACUGCAAAGAGCGCAAAAAGGACAGACGCGGCGUCAAUUUCCUCACCGGAUUCCUCCUCCUCCUCGUUUAUGCAUCUCUGGAUUAUGGCACACCGCUUUCCAAGAUAAAAAAAUCACCAAGGAGCACGUCAAAAAAAAAAAAUGUGCACGAUGUGGUUCAGAUGCUGCAGCACAACAUCUGGAUUUCUCCUGUAGAAUAACCUCUGGGAUGUUUAUUUUUUUGUGUUUUUUUUGGUGCGCGCAAUGUGCAGUGUAGGUUUGUAGGAGCUGCUCUGAGUUGGUUUAUCCAGCUGGCAUCACCUUGAUCAUUAUCCUCAUUUGAAUAUAUCGGUGUGAUUCGUGUAGUUGUAACCAUGCAGAACCCACCGUGAAUCUCUGUUUUAAAUCCAGCCUAUAAGUGAUAAAUGGUGAACUAAUUGGCUUCCGUGGAUCGUUUAGAACCAAUAAUAAGGACUUCACAUCAUAAAAGCGACGCAAAGGGGCUGUUUUUGAAGUCACAUGUGUGCCCAGAGCAAACAAUUAAGAUGACAAAACCUUUCCUCACAGGAGAUUCUCUUUAUUACCGAGGAAGCUGCACAUCUCAGUUCCUGGAUUGCAUUCGAGUUGGAGGACAGGGAGCAGAGGAAGAAGAGAAGAGGGAGGAGGAGAAGAAGCAGAGGAGAGGAGCUGCCGAGCUGCACAACAGAGCCACUGCUGACAGGAGAGCUUCAGUGAUGGACUGAGAGCUGAAGGUGACGACGAAGGGACCCCCCCCCCCCACCUGUGUGACAGCCAGCUUCACGUUUUCCCUCAAGAGCCUUCACACUUGAUACAAAAAAAAAAGAAAAAGGCAUGUAUGGACACACUGCAGCAUAGGUGAGAGAACAGGAGGAGCUGCCCCUGAACACAUCAGAUUGGCCUAAUGAUUGAAAUAUCUGUCAAAGAGUACAACACUGGCCUUUUUAUUUGGAAACAGUCUCUCAGGUUCUGCACAAACUGAUUCUACCUUUGUCCCAAAAAAGCAAGUACACCUGGAACCUCAGAUCCUUCCCAAGUGCCCUAUAGGCUGGAAGUCCACCGGAGUCCGUCUGCUACAACAGAUGUAAACUAAGCUGUCAAGAUUUCGUCUCCAGGAAGUCCUGUGUUUUUGGCUGCAUGGACACAUCUUCAAAGACGUGGCUGCCGCAUCAGAGUCAGUUUGGGUUGGUUGGUCAAGCGGAGGUUUGCUGUGGCGGACCUGGAGUUUUAACCCCAAACCAAUCUCGCAGGGCAAGUUUUGCCUCUGUAAGACAGUCGAGCAUGGAGACCCCUCCAAAUGCCACCCCACAGCCCUUCAGACAGCCGAAACUUAAGAGUUUUCUCAAUCGGCGACUGAAGGGCUCGAUCAAGAGGGCCAAAAGUCAACCCAAACUGGACCGGACCAGCAGCUUCAGACAAAUGAUUUUGCCCCGGUUUCGAAGUGCCGACCAAGAGAGGACACGCUUGAUGCAGAGCUUCAAAGAAUCCCACUCCCAUGAAUCCCUACUUUCUCCUAGCAGUGCUGCGGAGGCUUUGGACCUAGUUUUGGAUGAAGAUGCCAUAAUUAAACCUGUCCACUCUAGCAUUUUAGGACAAGAGUACUGCUUUGAGGUGACCACCAAUUCAGGGACAAAAUGUUUUGCCUGCCGCUCAGCUUCUGAAAGAGACAAGUGGAUUGAAAAUCUGCAACGAGCUGUCAAACCCAACAAGAACUCCUCGUUUCACUUCCAGGACAACAGCAGACGGGUGGACAAUGUGCUCAAGUUGUGGAUCAUUGAAGCUCGAGACCUCCCGGCUAAGAAACGCUACUAUUGUGAGCUGUGUCUGGAUGACAUGCUGUACGCACGCACCACCAGCAAACCCCGGACCGACACCGUCUUCUGGGGCGAGCAUUUUGAAUUUAACAAUUUGCCUACCAUUCGUAGCCUUCGUUUGCACCUCUACAAGGAAACUGAUAAAAAAAGACGCAAGGAGAAAAGCACAUAUCUAGGCCUUGUCAGCAUCCCCAUCUCCAGCAUCACGGGCCGGCAGUUUGUGGAGCAGUGGUACCCGGUGAUACAGUCCAGUGUCUUGAACAAAAGCGGCGGCGUUGGAAGUACCAAAGUGAUCAACGCCUCACUACGAGUCAAGUCUCGCUACCAGACAAUGAACAUCCUCCCGAUGGAGCUGUACAAGGAGUUUGCAGAGUACAUCACCAACAACUACAGAACACUGUGUGCCGUUCUGGAGCCGCUGCUGAGUGUGAAAAGCAAAGAGGAGGUGGCAUUCGCUCUAGUGCACAUCCUGCAAAGCACAGGGAAGACAAAGGAGUUCCUGUCUGACAUGGCGAUGUGUGAGGUGGAUCGGUUCAUGGAGCGCGAGCACUUGAUCUUUCGGGAGAACACGCUAGCUACGAAGGCUGUGGAAGAGUACCUCAAACUAAUAGGUCACAGAUACCUCAAGGAUGCUAUAGGUGACUUCAUUCGAGCCUUAUAUGAGUCUGAGGAGAACUGUGAGGUGGAUCCCAUGCGCGUCCCACCGUCAGUCCUUGCUGACCAUCAAGCCAACCUUCGAAUGUGUUGUGAGCUGUUACUCUGCAAGAUUAUCAACUCUCUUUGCAUAUUUCCCCGGGAGCUGAAAGAAGUUUUUGCCUCGUGGAGAGCCAGAUGUGCUGAGCGUGGAAGAGAGGAUCUCGCCGACAGCCUCAUCAGCUCCUCCCUGUUCCUUCGCUUCAUGUGCCCAGCCAUCAUGUCCCCCUCCCUGUUCAACCUAAUGCAGGAGUACCCCGCUGAGCGCACGUCCCGCACACUCACGCUCAUAGCCAAGGUGAUGCAGAACCUGGCCAGCUUCAGCAAAUUUGGACCCAAGGAGGAAUACAUGUAUUUCAUGAACGAGUUCCUGGAGAUGGAGUGGGGCUCCAUGCAGCAGUUUCUCUAUGAGAUUUCUAACAUGGAGGCCAGUGGAAACGCUGGCGGGUUUGAGGGCUACAUUGACCUCGGCAGAGAAUUGUCCAUGCUCCACAGCUUACUGUGGGAAGUCAUGGGCCAGCUCAGCAAGGAUGCUAUCCUCAAACUCGGACCCCUACCACGGCUGCUGAAUGACAUCAGCGUCGCCCUGAGGAACCCGCAGCUCCACAUGCCUGCAAAUCACCAGCCGGACCGACCGAAGGACAGACUCUUCUCGCGGCCAUCCUUCAAUCGUCUCAUGUCUUCUGACUUCCAAAGCCUUAUGAUGCGCGACUUAAACAGUUCAAUAGACAUUUCUCGCCUGCCUUCCCCUACGACUGGAGUCUCAGCUGUAGAAUCCCUCUCAUCUAAUCUGAACAUGAGGCGUCACGCAGAACGAGACCUCCGCUCGUCGAGGGAAGUGUUCUACGUCACCCGCCCGCCGCUGGCUCGAUCCAGCCCCGCAUACUGCACGAGCAGCUCGGACAUCACUGAACCUGAUCCGAAGGUCCAUAGUGUGAAUAAAAGUGUGUCCAUGAUGGACCUUCAGGACUCCCGUAUGAACAGCAUAUCCAACCUCAACUCUGUGGGAGACAUGCUCACCUCCUCUCAAGCCUCCAUCGCCGGCCUGGGCCACAGCUUCGGCAACCUCUGUGGUCCCCUUCGUAUGGGAGGGCACAUGCCAGCGGGCUCUUCGGGCUCCGGUUUGAGGCUGAGCCAGAUGGGCCACAUAGGGGGGCCCACUGAAUCCAUCUCUCAACAGCAGCAGCAGGCGGCAGCGGCCAUGCACUUCCCCCUGUCUUUCCAGAACCCGCUAUUCCAUCUGGCCGCCCAGAACUCCCCGGCUCAGUCUCAGCAUCCUCCUCCCCCUCCUCUCCUCCUCGCCCCAGAGCCCGAGAAUGGCCACCACGACUAUGCACCGGCGUUUGGCAACAGUGCUUUCUCCCGCAGCGAGGACUUGUCCGCCCUGCGGUCACAAAGCAGUCUGGUGCAGCCCAGCAUUGUCCACUCACACAGUUACAGUGAUGACUUCACCCGGCAGAAUCAGAGCAACGACUACGCCUGGCACCAGCUGUCACUGCAGGUUCAGGAGUCUCUCCAGCAGCAGCACCUGAUGGGAGUUGUAUCUCAGACGCCCACUGGGACGGGAACCCCCGCCUCCUUGGCCACACCACCUACUACAGUUCUUCACCAUUCCCGCCAGUCCUCCAUGGCUGGGCCACAACACCUCAAGUCCCAGCGGUCCAUUAACACUCCAGCCACCGCCACACCUCCGAAAGUUCGCCCGCAGAGCAGGAACCUCCUCCUCGACUCCUCGGACACAAACUUCGGCAGUCAGCCGAAACUGCGCCAUUCUCAGCAGCUGCCGCAACAGCAACAUCAGCAGCAGCAGCAACAUCAGCAGCAGCAGCAACAUCAGCAGCAGCAGCAACAUCAACAGCAGCAGCAACAUCAACAGCAGCAGCAACAUCAACAGCAACUUCAGCAGCAGCAGCAGCAGCAACAUCAGCAGCAGCAGCAGCAACUUCAGCAGCAACAUCAGCAACAUCAGCAGCAACAACAGGAAUCACAGCUGUCGGUAACAGACAGCCCAGCUCCCGGACUCCCGUACCAGACGAGCUCCGCCAAAGAGAACCAGGGCCCGCAAGCAGCUGCAGAGGAGUCAACAGACACACCCACAAAAAGCUCCAAGAAGUCUCUACAGACACAACUGCAACCGCCACAGCAGCAUCUGCUCAAACCAGGCAAUAAACAGGGUUCUCAGUCGACCUUGAACGCCCAGGGUCUCAAUGAACGGACAGUCGCCUGGGUGUCCAACAUGCCACAUCUCUCUGCUGACAUCGAGAGCCUGCGGCCGGACCGUGAGGGUCAGCUGAAAGAGUACUCCAAAAGCAUGGAUGAGUCACGACUAGAGAGGGUAAAAGAGUACGAAGACGAGAUAUAUUCCUUGAAGGAGCGGCUGAAAAUGUCUCAUCGCAAGCUUGAAGAAUAUGAGCAGAGACUUGUGUCGCAGGAACAGACGACAAGUAAGAUCCUAAUGCAGUAUCAGAACCGCCUGGAUGACAGUGAGCGCCGUCUAAAGCAGCAGCAAGUGGAGAAGGACUCUCAAAUCAAAGGCAUCAUCAACAGACUCAUGGCUGUGGAAGAUGAGCUGAGAGGGGGUGCCAUUCCUGAUAUUAAGCCUCGAAUCCUCACAGACCAGGGUUAUGGUCACCCAGGAUCCUGACUGCCAGUUCCCAUGUGACCAGAGGUCAUGAUGGUCACACGAGUCUAAGAAGACUAAUUCAAAUCCUACAAAAACCCAUGAAGAGAAGCUCUGCAGUGGAUCCAGCAGGACCACUGGAGGCUUCAUCUCACGUUCGUAAAAAACUUUGCACAUAUUCAAACUUUGCCUGUACAAGAACUUGACAAUCAGUUUAGCGUGAGGACCAACGUGUGCAGUGAAUCGUCUGCACAUUUUGACUGAAAUAUAAGCCAAUGCCACAACAAUGGCAAUACUGUACUUAAUGAGUUUCUUUAUUUAAUCGGAGGAAGUGAGAAGAGAUGCGUAACACAUUGGGGAUGAAGACGGAUUCAUGAUUUUUCCCCGCUACAAGCAGCACACUCGCUUCUCACUUAAGUGGCUGCAGACAAAAUGUAGAAAAAGGCUUUAACAAGCACAAUAUCCCCUCAUGGUGACGCCUGUGACAAGCAACAAGCAUGUUGUUAAAUCAGUUGAUCUAUUGCCAUCUAUGAUCCUCAGAUGCAUUGCCCAAGCAAAGACUUAUAUUACUAUUUGAUUCUGAUUAAAUCAUUUAGUAACAUAUUCUCACUGCAAAGAUAUUUUCACCUACAAAAGGUGGUUAUUGUUAUGAUUUUGCAUCCCUUAUAGUACAGCCAUCCCAUCUGAAAAGAUGCCAAAUUAAUAUUACAAUCAACUAACUGCUUUAAAUGCAAUCGAAACCUUCUCGUUGGUUACAUUUUCCUUCGGCACACAGUGUAAAGCCAGAACUACAGUCUCUCUUUCCGUGUAUAGAAGAAGUAUUUCUACUAAACCUUUUUAAAAAUGGAAAUACUUUACAUAAAUAAUCUGACAUCAUAAUGUGUUUUGUUCACUUUGUAAUAAUAAUAUUAAUCAUGAUAAAGGAUAUAUAUGACAUUUCAAAACAGUGAUACAAAGUGCUUCAUAAAAGACCUGACAUGAAAGGAAAAUUGCGGUGAAUAUUUAAGAAAAUAUUUAAUUUAAAGGGGCAUUCGACCGAUUUUCAGAAGUACAGCACUUCUCAAAAACAGACUUGACAAAGCUCCUCCAUAUCCACAGAAGAUAUUAUAAAACUGAGACUAUAAUAUCUCAACUUGGGCUUGGAGAAUCCAAAUUUAUAACACGAUAUCUGUGCUACAAACUGGGGUUGUGGAGUUUGACAGAUAUGGGCAUUAACCAGGCAGAGAUGAAAAGAUGCUAUUGGUUGCAUUAUGGGAAAUGUAGGGUCCAGCAUAAGACCCCAUUCACACCUAGUAUUAGUAUAUGAUCUGUGUCUGGAUACAUUAUCUGGAUAAUGGCAUCCCAUCCACGGUCCUUUGCAUUUACACAUGGUAUGCCAAACAAUACCACUGACUAGGGCUGGGAGAUACGGCUUAUAAAUAUAGAUUUUUAGACUAUAUUGCGAUACUGUAUAUAUGUCGAUAUUUUUAUAUUUUCUCUAAAAUAACCUAACUGUUUGAUUUAACCCUUUGAUGCGUAUGAUUUUACCAGUGUGAUCAUUCCAGCAAACUAAUGUGAACACUCACAUUACAAGUUUGACUAAUUAUUCACACAUUGUUUUUGGAAACACAGUUUGCAGGUGCUAGUUUUUUUUUUUUUUUAACUAUCAUUCAUUGUAUUUAUUAUUUAUUAAUUUUUGACAGACUGACUGACUGAUAUAUUGAAUUUAAAGUA